AUGUUCUGGCGCUCGAUCCCAGCUGCUUCAGGCGUCUUGGCACGCCCCGACGACGAUGUGCCGCCGCCGCGACCUCCUCGUCCUCCUCGACCGCCAUCCCAGCAGACCACUCUGUCACUCUCGGCGCCUCCACCAGCUCAGCGCACCCCAGAGCAAGAACAGCAAUCGCUGAAGAAGUUCGGACUGGGCGGGAACAGCCGAACGAUGCGCUCGGCAGUUGAAGCCGUCCUCGAGGAGCAGCGGCACGCGAAGCCUCGACACAUGGCGGAUGUCGUCGGGGCAGCCGUCGCUCGAGACGCUCGCGAGAAGUCGGGGAAGGGUCUGCGGGCGGUGCUGAAGAAGCGGAAGAGCGUCGUCGGCCUCUUCAAGCGGACCAGUCUCGAAGAUGAGCGACGACCUGCUGGCGAGGAGAGGCGUUCGACGGCUACUCCAGUUUUGUCGAAACGCACUUCUCGCAGCUCACAGUCCUCGACGUUGUCAGACUCGUCCGAAGAAGGCGAAGGCGGGAGAGGGGUCGACUUGCCGAACGAGCGUUCCAAACGACUCACGAGUGCGCCGACUUCCGAGCCGCCACGACCUUACCACCAGCCUUCGACCGCUCACCGACCCUACUCCCCUGCUCCCAAUCCGCCAAGGGCGCCGUCGUACCGUGGAGCGGAAGAAGACGACCGCUUUUCCUCGCGCCGACCUCGCUCGCCAGAUUUCGACGACUCCCCGCCGAACUCGCCCGCCUCGAGCGACUUGGCGUCCUAUGCGAGCUCACACUCGGACGACGAAGCGAGAACCAGCGGACUGGGUGCGAGAGACCUGCCGAACACUUUCGCUGCGCCCGCCCAUCCCAAAGACCGCUCGGCUGGCAGCUCAGGCUCGUCUCAGCCGCGAGUGAGCGGUCUGCGGAACCUUGGCAACACAUGCUAUCUUGCCUGCGUCGUCCAGGCGCUCGCAGCGACCACACCUCUCGCCGAUUUCUUCCUCAGCGGCGACUACGAGCACGAGGUUAAUCGGCGAAACCGCGAAGGAACGCAAGGCGCUUUAGCCGAAGCGACAGCACUGCUUCUGCGUGCGCUCAAGGUACCUUCUGGUCCUGCCGCCUCUCCUGCACGGGUUCGGGCCGCCCUCGGUCGUCUCCGGCCGGACUACCUCGCCUCUGACCAGCAAGAUGCUCACGAAUGCCUCCUAACGCUCCUAGAUGGACUACACGAAGACUUGAACCUCGUCCUCGAUCCGCCUCCGCCUCGUCCGCCGUCACCAGGCUACGAAGCUCACCUUCGCCGGCUGCCCGAAGUCGUCGCCGCAGACCUCGAAUGGUCAGUGUACCGGGAGCGCAACGACUCGGUCGUUAUCGACUUCUUCCAAGGCCAGACACGCAAUCGCCUUGAGUGUCUAGACUGUCACAGGGUAUCAACGACCUUCAGCCCUUUCCAGACUCUGUCUCUCUCCCUUCCUCCGCCUCGCAAAGCCGACGACGCGGUCUCGCUGGCGACCUCCAUAGAAGGAUUCGUACAGGAGGAGAUUCUAGCUGGCGAGAACGCUUGGAACUGCCCGCGCUGUCGAAGGCUUUGUCCGACGUCGAAGCGUCUCUCAGUAGCCCGUCUGCCCCAGUUUCUAAUUAUCCACCUGAAACGCUUCACCUCGCUCUCCGACAAGCUCACUACUCGCCUCUCGUUCCCACUAACUGACCUCCGCCUCGCGCACCUGCUUCCGCCCCUUGCGCUCGCCCCGAAUCCGCCUUUCCACCUCAACCUGCCUCACGAACCGGAGACGACGUACGAGCUGUACGCCGUAUGCUGCCACCUCGGCGCAACUAUCGAAGACGGACACUACACCGCUCUCGUCCGGCACUCGUCGUGCUGGUUCGAGAUCGACGACGAGCGCGUUCGCCCGCUCGACACGCCCGCCAAGCUCGAGCGCGCUUUCCGAGAAGCCGAGAAGACAUCGUACUUGCUCUUCUACCGCAUUCAGCGCGCCUCGUAG